CUCUAAUAUUGACAAUAAUCUGUUAGACCCCUCAAAAAAUAUUGUUUGUUAGAGGAUAGACAAUAGAGAAGGGAUGGGUACCCUGCUUCCAAGCUCAACAGCAGAACAUGAAAAAUCAGAGAAACAAAAUAGUUCUUUACAAAUAGAUGAACACCAAAGAGAUGUUGAUGCAGGUGCUCUCUUUGUCCUCAAAUCAAAAGGUUCAUGGGUGCACUGUGGUUACCACUUGACAACAUCAAUUGUGGCUCCACCUCUCCUAAGUCUUCCAUAUGCUUUCACAUUACUUGGAUGGACGGCUGGAAUAUUUUUCUUAGUGAUUGGAGCUAUGGUCACUUUCUAUUCCUACAAUUUAUUAUCUAGGGUUCUUGAACACCAAGCUCAAUUGGGUAAUCGUCAACUACGGUUUAGAGAUAUGGCUCGAGACAUUUUAGGUCCUAGAUGGGGUCGUUAUUUUGUGGGGCCAAUUCAGUUUGCAGUAUGCUAUGGGGCUGUAGUGGCUUGUACUCUUUUAGGUGGUCAAUGCAUGAAGGCAGUUUAUUUGUUGUCAAACCCAAAUGGGUCUAUGAAGCUUUACGAGUUUGUGAUCAUAUUUGGUUGCUUCAUGUUGAUUUUGGCUCAAAUCCCAUCUUUUCACUCAUUGAGACACAUUAAUCUUGUGUCUUUGGUUCUAUGCUUACUCUAUAGUGCUUGUGCUGCUGCUGGUUCUAUAUAUAUUGGAAAUUCAUCAAAAGGACCAGAAAAGAAUUAUUCUUUAAAAGGUGAUACAGAAGAUCGGUUAUUUGGAAUCUUCAAUGCUCUUAGCAUCAUUGCCACAACCUACGGAAAUGGAAUCAUUCCUGAAAUUCAGGCAACGUUAGCACCACCGGUUAAAGGGAAGAUGUUCAAGGGACUAAGUGUUUGUUACACUGUGGUUACCGUCACUUUCUUUAGUGUAGCCAUAUCUGGUUAUUGGGCAUUUGGCAAUGAAUCUGAAGGCCUUAUCUUAAGCAACUUUGUGGACAAUGGGAAGCCAUUAGUGCCUAAGUGGUUUAUUUAUAUGACCAACGUGUUUACUAUAGUACAAUUAUCAGCAGUUGGUGUGGUGUACUUGCAACCUACAAAUGAAGUGUUAGAGCAAACAUUUGGGGACCCAAAAAGCCCUGAGUUCUCCAACCGCAAUGUAAUCCCCAGACUGAUUUCCCGGUCAAUAGCCAUUACUAUUUCAACCCUAAUAGCAGCCAUGCUUCCAUUUUUUGGGGACAUAAACUCACUCAUUGGAGCUUUUGGUUUUAUGCCACUUGACUUUGUUUUACCUGUAAUUUUCUUUAAUUUGACAUUUAAGCCAUCUAAGAGAAGCCUCAUUUUCUGGUUGAAUGUUACUAUUGCUGUGGUUUUCUCUGCAUUGGGAGCUAUUGCAGCAAUUGCAGCCGUUAGACAAAUAAUCCUUGAUGCUAAAAAUUAUCAAUUAUUUGCUAAUAUAUGAUCAUAUAUGCCAUCCUAAGAAGUUUGUCCUAUUCUAUUC